CCCCCCCACCCCCGGGGCUCUGCCUCGCCAUGGCCGCGGCCUCCUCCCCGCCCAAGGCUGAGAGGAAGCGCGCGGGCUGGGGCCGCCUGCUGGGCGCCCGGCGGGGCAGCGCGGGCCUGGCCAAGAAGUGCCCCUUCUCGUUGGAGCUGGCCGAGGGCGGCCCGGCGGGCGGCACGCUUUACGCGCCCAUCGCGCCGCCCGGCACCCUGGGGUCCCCGCCACCGGUGCCCCCCGCCGCGCCCCCCGCCGCCGACCUCUGCCCGCGGCCGCCUGUGAGCCUCGACCCGCGCGUCUCCAUCUACAGCGCGCGCCGCCCGCUGCUGGCGCGCACCCACAUCCAGGGCCGCGUCUACAACUUCCUCGAGCGCCCCACCGGCUGGAAGUGCUUCGUCUACCACUUCGCCGUCUUCCUCAUCGUGCUGGUGUGUCUCAUCUUCAGUGUCCUGUCCACCAUCGAGCAGUAUGCAGCCUUGGCUACGGGGACCCUCUUCUGGAUGGAGAUCGUCCUGGUGGUAUUCUUCGGGACAGAGUACGUGGUCCGCCUCUGGUCUGCAGGCUGCCGCAGCAAGUACGUGGGCAUCUGGGGCCGCCUGCGUUUUGCCCGGAAGCCUAUUUCCAUCAUCGAUCUCAUCGUGGUUGUGGCCUCCAUGGUUGUCCUCUGUGUGGGCUCCAAAGGGCAGGUGUUCGCCACGUCAGCCAUCAGAGGCAUCCGCUUCCUCCAGAUCUUGCGGAUGCUGCAUGUCGACCGCCAGGGCGGCACCUGGAGGCUCCUGGGCUCUGUGGUGUUCAUCCAUCGCCAGGAGCUGAUAACCACCCUGUACAUCGGCUUCCUGGGCCUCAUCUUCUCCUCCUACUUCGUGUACCUGGCUGAGAAGGAUGCAGUGAACGAGUCAGGCCGCAUCGAGUUCGGCAGCUACGCAGAUGCCCUGUGGUGGGGGGUGGUCACAGUCACCACCAUCGGCUACGGGGACAAGGUGCCCCAGACAUGGGUCGGGAAGACCAUCGCCUCCUGCUUCUCUGUCUUCGCCAUCUCCUUCUUUGCACUGCCAGCGGGCAUCCUGGGCUCUGGGUUUGCACUGAAGGUCCAGCAGAAGCAGAGACAGAAGCACUUCAACCGGCAGAUCCCGGCUGCCGCCUCACUCAUCCAGACUGCAUGGAGGUGCUAUGCUGCUGAGAACCCUGACUCCUCCACCUGGAAGAUCUAUGUCCGGAAGCCCACCCGGAGCCAUGCUCUGCUCUCCCCCAGCCCCAAACCUAAGAAGUCUGUCAUGGUAAAGAAAAAAAAAUUCAAACUGGACAAGGAUAAUGGGGUGAGUCCGGGAGAGAAGACACUGACAGUCCCCCACAUCACGUGCGAUCCCCAAGAGCGGAAGCCAGACCAUUUCUCUGUGGAUGGCUAUGACAGUUCCGUGAGAAAGAGCCCCACGCUGCUGGAAGUGAGCACAGCUCACCUCCUGAGAACCAACAGCCUUGCCGAGGACCUGGAUCUGGAAGGGGAGACGCUGCUGGCCCCCAUCACCCACGUGUCACAGCUGCGGGAGCACCAUCGGGCCACCAUCAAGGUCAUCCGGCGUAUGCAGUACUUUGUAGCCAAGAAGAAAUUCCAGCAAGCGCGGAAGCCAUACGAUGUGCGAGACGUCAUCGAGCAGUACUCGCAGGGUCAUCUCAACCUCAUGGUGCGCAUCAAAGAGCUGCAAAGAAGGCUGGACCAGUCCAUUGGAAAGCCCUCGCUGUUCAUCCCCAUCUCAGAAAAGAGCAAGGACCGUGGAAGCAACACAGUCGGUGCCCGCCUGAGCAGGGUAGAAGACAAGGUGACACAACUGGACCAGAGGCUGGUGGUCAUCACUGACAUGCUCCACCAACUACUUUCCUUGUACCACGGAGGCCCCUCCAGUGACAGCAGGGCCCAAGUGGUCCAGCCCAGUGGCGAAGAUGGCUCCAUCCACCCUGAACUCUUCCUGCCUGGCAACGCCCUGCCCACCUAUGAACAGCUGACCGUGCCCCGGAGGUGCCCCGAGGAGGACCCCUAAAGGGGGUUGGUGGGGGCCUAGAAGGGGAGGCCAGGGGUGGCCCCAUUGGGUCUUUUCUACUUCCCUCUCAACAGGGCACCCACCUGGCCAUGGCCACCUCCUCAAAGACCCUGAGAACACCUGGCAGCCCAAGGUCCUAAUGCCCUGUGGCCACUCUACCCAGCCGAGCCUGAGCAGAGUUCACCGUGACCACCUCUUCCCCACCAGUGGGUACUAGAACUUGGCUGGGUGUGGGGUCCCUCUCAGGCCUGAGCUGUACCCCCCCAUCAUGAUGGCUCUCACAGUGGUUGAGUCACAGUGGUAGGUUCUAUCCAGGGCACCUGACCUGGCCCAAGUAUAGCCAGGACGAGGUCCAGGCCAAAGUGGCCUAUCCUGGCUGAGCCAGACAGUUUCCUGAGGGGAGACUGAGGAACAGCCUGGACAGAGUACGUGAGUCCCUCUCACCCAGUCUUCAACCCAGGACGUGCAGGGAGCAGGCAGGGCAGGGCAGGCCCAGCCCAGCCAACGACAGGACAGCCUGCAAUAAACGUGCAGAGGUUCGGCUUCCUCAUUCCGAGAGAUGUGGACCUCAGGAGCAGGGGGCUGUGAGUACCCCACGGCUUCCCCCAGGCACCUCACUGACUGGGGAAUGCCACCCCACUCACACCCCACUCUGGACAGGCAGCUUCUCCUCCUGCUGUGGAGAACAGGGUCCUCUACCUGCUCUGCGUGCAGCACCCCCUUCCCCUGUCCCCAACUCCCUGCUGGUCUGAGCAGCCAGACAGACACACUGGACAGUCACACUGGCAGGAACCCCAGCCUACCACAUCCCUCCACUGGUGACCAAGCCGUGAGGGUGUUAAAAGGCAUCAGUCUCUCCCAGGAUGGCUCCCUCUGGGCCUCACGUCUCACAGAAAUCAGGAUAAUUUGCGGUGAUUCGGAAUCUGUGUUUUAAUGAGGUUCACAGUGUGAUUUUGAUUGCUAAUUGUGCAGGCUUUUCCUAAUAAACAAGGAGCAUCACGGGUUGAUCUCUGCGCUGCUCUUGCCUUGAUUCAGGGGGAUCGAGGGGAACACUGGGACAAGCUGGUACUCAGCCUUCACCUUGCCGUCUCCAC